UUUUUUUUAAUAUUUAUUUAUUACAUAUAAGUACACUGUCAGUCUCUUCAGACAUACCAGAAGAGGGCAUCAGAUCUCAUUACAGAUGGUUGUGAGCCACCAUGUGGUUGCUGGGAUUUGAACUCAGGACCUCUGGAAGAGCAGUUGGUGCUCUUAACCACUGAGCCAUCUCUCCAGCCCAGCACACUGACAUUCUCGAUAACUUCUAAAUACCCUUAGUGGCCUACAGAGUAUGGGCCAUCCUAGUAGAAAGGGCCUAAUAGAAGCCUCUGGAAUGUCCUUCCAACCAGUAUAGAAUCCAGAUGCAGUUGUGUCGUGGGCCUGGACAAGGCCAGGGUGAUGUGCUAAGCAUGUCGCCAUGCCCCUGUCUGAUAAACCCGGGAGGGUGGGCAGACCUGGGGAUUGCUCUUCUGAAGGCAUAGCCGUAGCUUGAUCCACCCUCUCCCAGCACACACUGUGUAGCUGUUGACCCCUAAACGCUGCUUGGUUUUUCUGUGUAGCUCUGGCUGUCCCAGAACUUACUCUGUAGACCAGGCUGGCCUUGAACUCCGAGAGCUCACCUCUGCCUCUUGUCUCCCGAGUGCUGGGAUUAAAGGCAUGUGCCACUACCACCCAACAUAUUCUUUUAUCCAGUUUGCAAGGACUACCACAGGGCCUUGGUUUUUAGUUGGCAAAGCACCACUCACUAUACCUCUGUUCUUGCCUCAGCUUCAGAGCCUCCUGCUCUCCCUGGUAUAGAACGCUAAAUUAUCUUAACAUCUUAUAGAAUGUACUUCCAGGCUUGUUCCUCGAUGGGAAAUGGAGGUGGGUAAGCUAGAAGUGACAGUUUCUGGAGCUGCCCCUGGAAACUGGGCGAUGAAUCCUGUUUCAGAUACCAGGUCUGUCCAGCCAGCAAAAUGGAAACUACUGGGGUUAUUUUUUCCCCAACCGAAUAUAGCUGGGGAAUGCUGAAGUAACAGAAUAAUUGCAAGAAACAGCAAAUACCUGUUACCUAGGGCUGGGAGUUGAAGGGAGCCAGUAUCACCCAGACUCAGCCUAGGAAACUACUGCUGGGCCGCAGCUCUGUGCCUUGGAGUUACUAAGCUACUGUCGAGCUGAGACAGAACUGCCUGAGAAGUGGGUGGCUGGGGCAGGCCCAAGGAGGCCAGGGAUGCUUUGUAGAGCUGGGGUGGCCUCUUGUGGUCGGUCCCUACAGUUAAGUCCCAGCCUCGGGCCCUUGUUGUUCCUUUGAUGGUUGGAGUCGUGUCUGCUGAUGGACUACUGACCCUAAGUGAGACGGAAGCUCAGGGGAGACAGAGAUUCUUAGAAUGGAAGUCCCUACGGAGACAGAAACCCCUGGGGAAAAGAGGAGCUUCUAAGGGUGACAGUGCUGCUCCCUGCGGAAGAAGCCACAGUGAACUGAAGUGGCCACUUAUCUUUUGGGGCUAGUAGGGUGGACCACGACGGGGACAGUUGGGAAAAGUGCGUGGAAUCGGAUUUUGAUUAAGGCAGGAUAUUCUCCACUUUGGAACCUGGGAGACUCAGGUUGGGCCAGCAGGAGGACAAACCAAGCCGAAGGACUAGGAAGGGCGGAGCACACCCCAGCAGGAUGGAGUUAGGUAGGAAGGGCGGACUGACACACAUGCGCAGUCCCUCGCUCCACCCCUCUAGCGGAGGCCUACGGUUGUGCAAGGGGUUGGGAACCAGGGUGCGGGUGCGGACUCGGUGUUUGCACUCGGACGGAAGCUAGGGUGCGUAGUGGGCUGGCUGUAGCUCCUGGGUGGAGGGCGCUGGUGUCUGGGUCCGUGCAGUCCGGGCUGUGGCCUGUCAAAUGAUGGCACAGAUCAGGUGCGAGCCGAGAUGGCCGGCGAGGCGAGGAUACUCGCACUGCUUCUCACCUACACCCACGGGCUGCAAUUGGCUGGGAAUGCAAAUAGUUGCUCCUCUUUGACGUCACGGCACAGGGCGCAUGCGCAAUCUGUGCGCAUGUCGUGCUGUGUUUUUCCGUCUCAGGGCAGGAGCAAUGGUGCUCCAUUUGGUGCCCAGAUGGUCUGCAAGCCUCUUCAGGGCAUCUCCAAGAUGGAAAAAGACCUACAGCCAGAGAGCUUCUGCGCAGUUGAAGUGGCUGGGUUGCCCUCGGAGUGUGUACAGCCCCUUGGCUUGCAGAGCAUACUCCAAGGUCUCUGGCAGCCCUGAGGUGAUGCUGACCCCUGAGCGAUACCCAGUGCAACGGCUGCCGUUUUCUACCGUGUCAGAGGAGGACCUGGCUGCAUUUGAAUGCAUCAUACCUGGCAGAGUUAUCACAGAUCCAGAGCAACUGCAGACUUGCAAUGUGGACUGGCUGAGGACCGUGCGGGGCUGUAGUAAGGUGCUGCUGAGACCCCAGACCUCAGAGGAAGUCUCCCAGAUUCUUAGGCACUGCUAUAAGAGGAACUUGGCUGUGAACCCACAGGGCGGAAACACUGGCAUGGUGGGUGGCAGUGUCCCUGUCUUUGAUGAAGUCAUCCUGUCCACUGCCCUCAUGAAUCAAGUCAUCAGCUUUCAUGAUGUGUCUGGAAUUCUGGUUUGCCAGGCAGGCUGCGUGCUGGAGGAGCUGAGCAGGUACGUGCAGGAGCGGGACUUCAUCAUGCCACUGGACUUGGGUGCAAAGGGCAGCUGCCACAUUGGGGGUAAUGUCGCAACGAACGCUGGGGGUCUGCGGUUUCUGCGGUACGGCUCUCUUCGAGGGACUGUCCUGGGCCUGGAAGUGGUACUUGCUGAUGGAACCAUCCUGAACUGCCUGACCUCUUUGAGGAAGGACAACACUGGCUAUGACCUGAAGCAGAUGUUCAUUGGGUCAGAGGGCACCCUGGGAGUCAUCACUGCUGUAUCCAUCGUGUGCCCACCGAGGCCCAAGGCUGUGAAUGUGGCUUUCCUUGGCUGCCCUGGGUUUACUGAGGUUCUGCAGACCUUCCGCACCUGCAAGGGGCAACUGGGCGAGAUCCUGUCUGCCUUUGAGUUUAUGGAUGCCGAAUGCAUGCAGUUGGUUGGACAGCACCUCCACCUGACCAACCCAGUACAAGAGAGUCCAUUCUAUGUCCUGGUUGAGACCUCAGGCUCCAGUGCCGGGCACGAUGCUGAGAAACUGACCAACGUCCUGGAGCAAGUGCUGAAUUCUGGCCUGGUGAUCGAUGGCACUAUGGCCACCGACCAGAGGAAAGUCCAGAUGCUGUGGGCCUUGCGGGAAAGGAUCACAGAGGCACUCAGUCGUGACGGCUACGUGUUCAAGUAUGACUUAUCCCUCCCCGUGGAGCGGCUCUAUGACCUUGUGAUCGACCUGCGCACCCGCCUUGGCCCUCGAGCCAAGCAUGUGGUGGGAUAUGGGCACUUGGGGGAUGGCAACCUUCACCUGAACGUGACAGCAGAGGCCUUUAGCCAGGAGCUGCUUGGUGCCUUGGAGCCUUAUGUGUACGCCUGGACAGCGGAACAGCGGGGCAGCGUCAGUGCUGAGCACGGCCUGGGCUUCAAGAAGAAGAAUGUACUCGGCUAUAGCAAGCCACCUGUGGCUGUGAAGCUUAUGCAACAGCUGAAGGCCAUGCUGGACCCCAAAGGCAUCCUGAACCCCUAUAAGACUCUACCUGCUCGGGCCUAACUAGAGCUUUUCAGCUUCUUGUGCAAGAGGCUAGGACCUUGGGCAUGCAGGCUUGGUGGGCCCUGGAGGUCUCCCAGCUGAUGGCCCGUGCAGUAGACCCUCUGGGCUCGACUGCCUUUCUGUGAGGAUGAGCAGAGAGCAGAUAGAGCUGCCCAGCCCUUCUCUGGUCUCCUACCAGCUCAUGGUGGACGGAAUAAGUGGGUGGGGGGUUGCCCCACUCCCAAACAAGCCAGAUCUCACCUGCUCUGUGGUGGUCUGUGGAGACCUGAUGCAUCUCUGUAGCGUGUCAUUUUAAAAACAUACUACCUUGUCUGCUGCUGCAACCCGUGCUCUGAGCUAGGCUCAGGGAUCAGUCACCGCUGGUCUCACUUAGGUGCACCAAUGGCCUGGCCAUUUUUCCUGAGAGCCUCGAUUGUUCCCCGAGACCCUCAUGGCCAGCUUAGCCAAGCUGCCAACAACUGUCCUGGCCGCCAUCUUUCUCCUUCUGCCCAGUUUACUGCCAUGGGUGGAAAACACUAGACUACUGGCCAGAUAACUCAAUGACUGGGCAAAGAAUUUCCUGCCCCAAUCUUAUCAACUAGAUCCCUUCGUCCUCCUUGGCCCCUGCUCAACAUGGAGGCUACAAACUCUAGGAGCCCCAAGACCUACAUGUCUGCAGUUUACUACUUGCCUGGGCUGAAUUCCUCUUUCUUUGCGUCCUUUCUCUUCCUCCUGGGUCCUGGAAGUCCCGUCUUUUCUCCUUCUCCCAAAAAUUGGCUUCUGCCUCCUUUAUUGACACAAUCGAGAGUCAAUUAGGGAGUCAAUACCUCUCCCUACAGAUCUCUGGAAGAGUGCCACGUGGUGUCUUGGAUGGAUCUUCCUGGAUGGUUUGCCGUGUGGCGUGUACCCUGUGAGGGCUGCAGCCCCAGAUCAGUUACCAUGAUGACCCAGAACACCACAGCUCAUUCCCAUGAGUGGAAUUUGCUGUCAUAUCAAGCAGGCCUUGGAUUGGUAACUGUGGUCCACCUGACCAGGUCAUUCCCUUGGGUUUUGUUCAUUUUUGGGCAGGGUCUUUCCACAUAGCCCUGGCUGUUCAGGAACUUACGAUGUAGACCAGAUUGACCUUUAUCUCACAGUGAUCCGCUGUGCCUCUGCCUUUCCUUCUGUCCCCCGAGCGCUGGGAUUAAAGGCAAGUGCCGCUACACCCAGCUUGCCUUGCUCUUGAAGACCUGAUGGUUGUUCAGCAGGUGCAGAGAUUGCCUGCAGAGCCUGACCUUUCUGGAUAUGGGACAGUCCCCCAACUGAAUCGAUUCAUGGAUUCAGUCAUGGGAGUACUAUCCUCUAGGAUUUGACCUGUCAAAUGAUCUGGGGUUCCGGCAGUCUGGGAGGUUGAAUACACCUACCGUGACUUUUCUUUUCUUUUUUCUGUUAUCAGUUUCCAGAAAAAAAAUUGAACUACAACCUGGAAGAGAGCGAGAGGAAGCAAGAGCAAGAGAGUGAGGGGGUGGGGCAAGCAGCACCGUUUAUAGUGUCAGGGGAACCUGACUGUUGCCAGGUAACGGUGGGGUACAGCUUAGACAGAAAGCUAACUUUCCCCCUGCUUUGGCUUCUGCUGCUAGAAAAUUACUCACAUAAAGCUGAUUGCAAAGUU